UUUUGCAAACAAUUAGUUGAGUCUAAAAGUGACAAGAAAAACAAAUAAAUUGGAAUUUUUGGUUUACAAAUUUCCACACUAAAUGUUUUUCAGCAAUUUAAAAUUCUUUGCGCAACAAGAGACAAUAAAUCUUAGUGCUAUUUUGUACAUUUACAUGCAUUCGCACAGUUUUUCAUGGCGCAAUCCCUGAAUUUGAUUUAGCUGCUGACCUAAACCAAAAUGUUAUUUUGGUUUUUGUGCAGGUAUUCAUUAUUCUAAGUAAAUCCCAAAUAAUUGCACUAAUAUGUGCCCUAUCUUUCCAUAAGCUGCACAGCAGGAUCUAAAUACACAUUAGAGUCUUAUUGGUGAAAAAUCAGGGCCAUGUGUUAAAACCCUUCUUAGAACCUUCUUAGUGUUGUAGUACUCACCGAGUGGCUUCAAGAAUAAACUGACCUAAGGGAACUUGUUAGUCGGUUCUGUUAAAAUACCCAGAGGAUAAGCAAUGGUCAAAAUGUAAAGGCCAAGGUUAUGAGGUUAGGAAAGGAUCGCGGUUAAGAUAAUUCUUGUAUCAUAUGCGACCCCUCCUCAGGCAGGUUUUUUAACCAUUUGUGUUUUCGUGGACCAGCUUUUCUUUAGAUUUGUGUGUGUGAGAUGUUUCUUACAGUAGGUGCAUCAUGUAAUGUCUUAAUCUGUGACAUCGCCACUGUCUGUGGUACAUCACGGAUUUGUGAAGUGUAAGAUUAGAGCCCUAUGUCGUCAUAAAUCUCUGCUUCCCAAUUCGGCCGGGUGGUGGCGGGUGGGGCAGUUGCAAGGUGUUGUUUGUGGUCUGUGGAUUUGUUGGAUAAAGCGUUUGCUCCUAAGUACGGUCAACUCCAUCAAGUCCUUUCAGAUCAGGAGUUAUUUUUUUCAUUUCGUGGCUUGAUGCCAGCUCAGGUUUUUCUUUUUUGAGAGCAGAUAGUUCUCCGGGUAGACCCAGAAGUUUUUAUGGUGCUCUGCUGAAGGUCUUCAUCAUGAACUAUUGCAUUCCGGACAUGUACGAGAUGCCUCACACUGGCGUCGGAAGCUAUUCGGUGCAGGGAGGUGGGGAAUAUUGCAUGUACUCGGACGAAGGGUCCGGGUAUGGCAACUGUGAGCCUCAGCCCCUUCAUCAUCCACCCUGCAUGGAGCAGGCUUGGUCCCCCAGCCAGCACUACUCGUGCUCCUACGCCGCGGGUCCUUCUGUUUUUAAGAGUGAGUUUUGCAGCAUGGAGGUCCCUCUCAGUCACUUCCACCAGCCUGAGUACUUCCCCGAGAUCAAACCUGAAUUUUCACACCUGCGGUGGAUGCAGAGUGCGCACAGAAAAGGGUACAUACCAAGUUACCUGGACAAGGAUGAGCUAUGCGUAGUGUGUGGGGACAAAGCUACAGGCUACCACUAUCGCUGUAUUACCUGUGAAGGUUGCAAGGGAUUCUUCAGGCGGACAAUCCAGAAGAAUCUCAAUCCAACUUACGCCUGUAAGUACGAGGGCAAAUGUGUUAUUGACAAAGUGACCAGGAACCAGUGCCAGGAAUGUCGCUUCAAGAAGUGCAUUGCAGUGGGAAUGGCAACAGACUUGGUGUUGGAUGACAGCAAGCGGCUUGCCAAGCGGAAGCUAAUCGAGGAGAACCGGGAGCGCCGUCGCAGGGAGGAACUGCAGAAGACGGCGUGGGACCGACUGGAGCCCACCCAAGAGGAGUGGGACCUCAUCCGUAUGGUGACCGAAGCCCAUAUGGCCACAAACGCCCAGGGCAACCACUGGAAGCAGAAGCGGAAAUUCCUGGUCGAGGAAGCAAUGCUUCUUAAUGAAAUAACAUGUAAUUUAUUCUAUACUUCUGACCAGAGUGCAGCGGGGGUGAAGGAAGCUAAGCCUGAGGAUAUUGGUCAAGCGUCCACGGAUAAUGCACCUGAAGGAAGUAAAGUGGACAUAGAAGCCUUCAGUCAGUUUACAAAAAUUAUCACCCCUGCCAUAACCCGAGUGGUGGACUUUGCCAAAAAACUGCCUAUGUUCUGUGAGCUGCCUUGUGAAGACCAGAUCAUCCUGUUGAAAGGCUGUUGCAUGGAGAUCAUGUCGCUGCGGGCUGCUGUUCGCUACGAUCCAGAAAGCGAGACCCUCACACUCAACGGCGAGAUGGCAGUGACACGAGGUCAGCUCAAGAACGGAGGCUUGGGCGUCGUCUCAGACGCCAUCUUUGACCUUGGCGUGUCGCUGUCCUCCUUUAACUUGGAUGACUCUGAGGUGGCUCUUCUGCAAGCUGUUAUCCUGCUUUCAUCCGAUCGUCCAGGCCUAACUAGUGUGGAGCGAAUCGAGCGUUGCCAAGAGGAGUUCCUGUUGGCCUUUGAACAUUAUAUCAACUACCGCAAACACAAAGUGGCACAUUUCUGGCCCAAGCUGCUAAUGAAGGUGACAGACCUGCGGAUGAUCGGCACCUGCCACGCCAGCCGAUUCCUCCACAUGAAAGUGGAGUGUCCCACCGAGCUGUUCCCUCCUCUGUUUCUGGAGGUCUUCGAGGACUGACCAGUGGAUUUCUGUGUGUGUGUGCGUGCGUGUGUGUGCGCCUGGGCACCCUGGUGGUCUCAGGGGUGGAACCAGCAGAAAGCCCGUCACAACGAACCUUCUAACAGCACUACUGAGUGUCACUUCAUUCCACCUUAGAGUAGCUCUCUGGUCUAUUUUUGGAUGAAACCAUUCCUGACAGUGCGGGUACAUGUGAAUAGCUUUUUGACUUUUCUGGUUUGUUCUGUUAUUGUUGUCAUGGAUAUAACAUCUCACCUCAGAUUUGACUCUAGGUUUUUUGUUUUCAUUAUUGCAUCAUGGUAAUCUUAUCAACACUUGUUUGUUCGUUAGAAGCCAAGCACAUGUUGUAUAUUCCUUCCUUUAUGUUGAAAUACUCAGCUGCUCGCCUCAUCCACGACACGAGACGCCGUCAGCAAACCCGCUCCACUUUACCGCAUUAAUAUAUCAACCUUCGUCCAUCUGGUGAGUGUCCAGUCUGUCCGGUGCCUCGCCAUCCUACUGUGACCGUUAAAAACGCGUACUCUAACGGACGGCAGCUCGCAGGUGUCUGCAAGUCUCUCGGCAGCCGCACAUUACGAGGUUAAGUUGCAACGCUGCAUUCCAGAGCUGUCGGAAAAACAAACGUCAGCUCGAGACACGCUCCGAGCGAGAAACCUGAGCAGGAUUUUGCAAUAUUAAAGGGGACCUGUGUGUCUUUUCUCAGUUGAUGUUGCAAUGCUGAUUGUUCCUAUUAAACAUGACCAAAGUUUCAAAUCAUUUACUAAAUAUAUGUAAAAACAAUCCCAGCACUUGGACUGCUAUUAAAUCGAGGUUUCCAAAGGUUUUUCUCGCACCUUCUGUGACACUCGUUUGCUGCAGGCGGUAGAGCUUGUCCUGAGCCAGGCUUCCCGAAGCCGUCCUAUUGGAAGAAAGUGGCUCGUUAGGUAAGGCGAACCUUAACGAGGCAGAGCUAAACAGGAUGCUUUUAGUCAAAGGAUAAACCGAUAGUCUGCAUGACGCACAAAUCUAAGGACACUAGUCUGUUGGAGUGUCUCUACUAGAGUAAUGAGUCCCCUCAAACUUCACACGGUGGCAGUGCACACUGCAAACACAACUUCUCUCUGGCCCUUCACACACACACACACACACACACACACACACACACACACACACACGCACACACACACACGCUGGGCUUUCAGCUAACAGUAAGUCUACUUACUCAACCCUUAAAAUGAUAUGUGGCAUUUUGCAGGAUAUUGCAUAAAUACUGUUGCACUACAGCAGCAUAUAUGGGCCAGCAAAAUAGUCAAAGGUCAGCUCUCUGUUUAUGAGCAGGAAGCAUCUUUGUGUCUGGUUGAAAGCAAAGAGUGUUUAUGAAAUCAGAGUGUGGACACUAAUAAACUGAGAGAGUGUCUCUCGCUUGUUGUUAAUUGCCUUUGGACUUAUUGUCAGACAGCAUGAUAUGACCGGUGCUUUGAUACUUUAUAGACUAAUGACUAAUUAGCACAACCUCAAAGCAUUUCAUAUGCAACUCUGACAGAUUAACUGAAAAUGCAGAGGUUCUGUGCGUUCAAACCUGUACAGUGCAAAAAAUCUUGCUCGAGUUUCUGUUUGUCUUUAUUUCGACAAGAAACAAAACGACGAAACAACAAAACCAAAACUGCGAUGUAGACGUGAGCGACAGUGAAUGGAAUGCAGAAGCAGCAUUAAAAUGAGCCGCUCGUCGUGCCGGAGACUCGUCACACGGUGGCACUGAGGCCAGGAUCGUCUGUGUGUCACAGUACUGCAUGUUGUGCCAAAACCAGGUGAACAAUGCCCUCACUGCAUCCUCCCUCCACUUCCUUAGUUGAGUAUAAAUUGGCUCCCUGUCGGUCCACACACAGGCUGUCCUGUUUGCUGUGUUUCAGUCUGCGGUUGGAACUUCAACUAUAAGACCAGCAUUAGAUUUCAGUGUUUCAUCUCAGCCAUGUUGCCUCAAAGUCAAAUAAUUAGUCAGCAUUUUUUCUGUUUGUUUAGUGUCUCCGUGAGUGGACGUGGGCUUUCUAUUAAAACAGUGAAGUCAUGGUGCUAUGGUGAGUUGGGGCUAUGGCUGAUUGAAGCGUAUUGUUAUUUACAUGUGUGAAUAAGAGCCCGGCACCCUCGCAGGAUGGCAUGCAUAUAGUACAGUAACACACAUGCACAUAUACAGAAUGUACAGUACAUCUGUGCAGCUGUUGUGCAGCAACUGAUCAGCCACAACAAUAAGACUGGCACAGAUGCUGGGUCCCACUCGGGUACUGGCAGUGGUUUUUGGAGUGGGCCUCUGUCUGCCUCGGUUGGAAGGUUGGUAAAUGGGAGGGUUUACCAGCAGAGAAGACCAGUGUUCACCCGUAACUGGUUUUAGUGAUGUGGCUGAUUGGUGUAUCGCUCACACAGAUAACACAUGGGUCCGACUCCACGACUGUGACCGACCUGUGGCAUUCGGAGGCCAAGUAAACUGUAUGCUUCGCCAUCACCAAGGUACACUGACGAGGCUGGUGAGAUUGUGAAAAGUAGAGCUCUUUGUUCUUUAGCCUCUGGUUUUGUUUUUUUUCUUGAAAAAGCCUCGGUAUGGUAUUGCCGUUUGCAAUCUGACAGACCUCGGCUCUUUAUAUUUCGCUUUUUCGAGCUUCACACUACUCCUCAAAGCAGCUUGUAUUUUAUUUUGUUUCUUCUCAUUUCUGUGAAGUGAUGCCUUUUUAUCAAAGCAAUAGAAUUGCUGCAGUGUUUGAAUGACCCGGACCUCACACAUAUACACCUCGCAAACUGUACAGAUUCAGAUAAAUGCACAGACAAUCAGAGGGAGAGGCACCCGAGCUCAGGCUGGUCCCCGUCGACAUGAAGGGCCGGGCCGGGCCCCGCUGAGACGGAGCCAUUCAGAAACGUAACGGUUGGCCACGUUUACAUGCACCCCUGCGUCUGCAGCCAACGAAAGACUUUGUUAUGUGAAGAAGCCUUCGACGAAAGCUGUCAGAACGCGCAUCCAACAUCAACGAGCUAGACUCAUUAACGUAACAUCACCUGUUUUUCUAAUGAAAUGAAUGUCUUCAUGUCUCAGUAGCAGGGGCUGGCUGCACAAACACAUCAGAAGUUGGCUGACUAUCUAAUGUUCAACCCAACAGUCCCAGGAUCUCAGCUCAGGACCUCAAUGUCCCUUUGGUGUGCUUCUGUUGGUUAGAACAUGUAGAUUGAACAAAGUCAUGUAAAAAGCAUCAUUUUUAUGCGGUAAACAUGGUUUGUUGUUGCACGUUCCCGGUUCUUAGGCUCUCUUUCACGUCUUUUUUUAACUAAAGACUUUUAGUCUAGUCUCAGGAAUUUGGCAGUGUAACUUUUCAGACAUUCAGCUAAAGUAGCAGCAACUAUUGUUUGCAGCCCGAAAAACAAAAAGCUGUGUUUGCUCUUGAUUUGGCCUGCCAGUCCUCCACCAGGAUAGUUGUUGGGCUGUAAUUAGCCGCUACCUCAUGAGCGGGGAAUUUUGGCCUGGGAAUCAAAACUGGAACUUUGUUACUGCUGUCAAAUGUAAUAACAGUUCCCGAGUUUGUGCAGAUGAUUCUGUUUUCCUGUGCAGGUAAAGAGACACUAAGAAAGCUGCACAGAUUUUAACCACUGAAAGUCCAAAAUUAGGUGAUUAACAGCUUUAUGUGUAAUGUGUUUUUGUAGCGUGCAGUAGAUUGAACAAAGGUUUCUUUAACAGGCUGAUGACAUUUCUGUGAAACCACACCCCCUCUCUGAAGCUGCCCGACAGCGCAGUCAUUCUCUUUGUGGCUUCAUGUUCAGGAUGCUCAUCAUAAGCAUAAAAUGAGCCACUGUGUGAUCAGGACAGUGACAGCCGUCAGUUUCUUUCACAUCAGCCCGUGUUCCUCCUUACUUUCUAGUUUGUUGCAUUUUUCAAUUUGCUGACUUCAGCUACAACGAGGGGAUUACUGAGACCACCUCCCUCAUGCUAAACAUACAGUUUGAAUAUUGCCCGAUGGUUUAUAGGUCAGUGUGGAGUAGCUUAACACAAAGAAGAAGAAGAGAUGAAAGUCAGAGCGUUGCAGGCUUACUCGUUGGAGGCAAAACAUAAAGGCAAGGGUGGCUCAAAACUUUUGCACAGUACUGUAUCUAAAGCCUAGCCCUGUGAUUGGAUGGAUGGAGCCAGCCUGUCUGUGCAGCCAGCCCCGUUGUCAGAGAAUGAACUUGAAGGUAGAGACGUCUCACAGUUAUCAUAAAAGUCACAUAGAUACUGUAAAACUAAUGCAGGUCACAGUUAAAGAACUGCUGAAAAACACAAUAAUCAAUAAUCAUGAAGAAGAAACAGUGCGAAACAGUGACCUGGAUAAAAACAAUGAGGAGGGCAUUAUUUGGUUUCUGUAAAAAAAUAUAUAAAUAACCUGUCAGUAAUACUUUCACUCAUAAAUGUAAUAAAGUCGAGCAGUUCAUAACAAUAAACCUGUCAGUUUUAUGGUUGAGGCAAAUGAUGGCCUUGAUGUAGUGAUAUAUCAUCAAACCUGUAAAGUUAUUUCAGUCUGUGGGCGCUCUAAUAUGAAUCCUGAAAGUUUAGCUUAAAAAGCUGGAGAGCAGCCGGGCUCUUUGACAGCUCCUACCCACGUUCCUCUGGGUUCUCCCGAUGACUUUGUUGGCAUGUUGAUCAGUUAUCUGAGCGUUUUACUGAAAAAAGCACUGAAGAGGAAGUGAAACCAAAACAAGGAGUUAAAACUUGCAAAGAUCUGCUACAGUCAAGUAGUUCACAGCAGGAUGAUGAAUGCAGCUUUAAUCCAAAAUGAUCGACAUGUUUUUUUACACUUUGAUACAUAGUUUCACUUUUUGUUUUUUUUCCUUUUUUGCGGGACGGCUAUAAAUUGGGUAUCUUGUAUCCUGGCUGUGUUCACUGAGCACAUACGCAGAGCUGUGGUGCACGUAAACGUCGUCAUUGCUCACCGCUGGUUAGGAACAUGUUCAUUUUACCUGAGGAGGUGAAUGUUGGCCGUGAUAUCUCCCGUGAGUUGUUGCUCGUAAGGUUUCUCAGUUACAACCAAUAGCAAGAGUUGCGCCAUAGAGAAGCUAUUUUACAGUACAAAGGAAAAGGAUGUAUAUUUUCAGACUGCAGAUUUUUUUUACGGAUGUUAGCAUAAUAUGAACAUAUUGUUUUUGCAUAGUGUUAAAAAGAUACAGUGUUGCUCUCAAAUGUAUUUCCACGUCUGAUGGAGACGUAUUUAAAAAAACAAAUGAUUAAAAACAGUUAAAUUAGCUGGAUUCAUGUCCAAAAGAAACCACACAUGAGCACGUUUAGGGACAGCGUGGUCAGAAGGAGGCGGUCAUCCACAGUCGACACAGAUUUCUCUUCUCUCCUUGUGUGUUUGAGUGUCUUCUUGUUUAAGUCAUCUGUUUAAUGCAAACCGGGAAUUCGACCAGGAGGUGCAGAGAGAUGUGAAAGUGAAUCUGUGGCAGAAAAAAAGGAAGAACAAAGAAUAUUGUGUUCCUCAAACGGCUGUUGGACAUUUUCAGCUUGGAGGACUGAUGAUUUUGAUUUUGCCUGAUGGGGGAUGAUUGCAGAAUUUGUGAUUUGGGUCUUAAGAAUAAAGAUGGUUUUGAGAGAA